GCGGCUUCGGGCGCUCACGGCGCUGCGUUCGGCUCCGACGGCCUCUCCGGUGCGCUGAGGGCGCGCAGCGGAGCCGGGCCGGCGGCCGGAGGGGAGACUCCUCUCCAUGGUCCAGAAGAGCAGCAUGUCCCGGGGCCCCUACCCACCCUCGCAAGAGAUCCCCAUGGAAGUCUUCGACCCCAGCCCGCAGGGCAAAUACAGCAAGAGGAAAGGGCGAUUCAAACGCUCAGACGGGAGCACAUCCUCAGAUACCACAUCCAACAGCUUUGUCCGCCAGGGCUCAGCGGAGUCCUAUACCAGCCGCCCGUCGGACUCUGAUGUAUCUCUGGAGGAGGACCGAGAAGCCUUAAGGAAGGAGGCAGAGCGCCAGGCCUUGGCUCAGCUUGAGAAAGCUAAGACUAAGCCGGUGGCAUUUGCUGUGCGGACGAACGUGGGCUACAAUCCUUCCCCAGGAGACGAGGUGCCUGUGCAGGGGGUGGCCAUUACCUUCGAGCCCAAGGACUUCCUGCACAUCAAGGAGAAAUACAAUAACGACUGGUGGAUCGGGCGGCUGGUGAAGGAGGGCUGCGAGGUGGGCUUCAUUCCGAGCCCCGUCAAACUGGACAGCCUGAGGCUGCUGCAGGAGCAGAAGCUGCGCCAGAACCGCCUCAGCUCCAGCAAAUCAGGUGACAACUCGAGUUCCAGUCUGGGAGACGUGGUGACUGGCACCCGCCGCCCCACACCCCCUGCCAGUGGUAAUGAGAUGACUAGCUUAGCCUUUGAACUAGACCCCCUAGAGUUAGAGGAGGAUGGGGCAGAGCUGGAGGAGCAGAGCGGCUCUGCCAAGACUAGCGUUAGCAGUGUCACCACCCCGCCACCCCACGGCAAGCGCAUCCCCUUCUUUAAGAAGACAGAGCACGUGCCCCCCUAUGACGUGGUGCCUUCCAUGAGGCCCAUCAUCCUGGUGGGACCGUCGCUCAAGGGCUAUGAGGUCACAGACAUGAUGCAGAAAGCACUGUUUGACUUCCUGAAGCAUCGCUUUGAUGGCAGGAUCUCCAUCACCCGGGUGACGGCUGACAUCUCCCUGGCCAAGCGCUCUGUCCUCAACAACCCCAGCAAGCAUGUCAUCAUCGAGCGCUCCAACGCGCGCUCCAGCCUGGCUGAGGUGCAGAGUGAGAUUGAGCGGAUCUUUGAGCUGGCCCGGACGCUGCAGCUGGUUGCCCUGGACGCCGACACCAUCAACCACCCGGCGCAGCUCUCUAAGACCUCGCUGGCGCCCAUCGUUGUUUACAUCAAGAUCACCUCCCCCAAGGUCCUACAGAGACUCAUCAAAUCCCGCGGGAAGUCUCAGUCUAAACACCUCAACGUCCAGAUAGCUGCCUCAGAGAAGCUGGCCCAGUGUCCCCCAGAAAUGUUUGACAUCAUCCUGGACGAGAACCAAUUGGAGGACGCCUGUGAGCACCUAGCCGAGUACUUGGAAGCCUAUUGGAAGGCUACUCACCCGCCCAGCAGCACGCCGCCCAAUCCACUGCUGAACCGCACCAUGGCUACGGCCGCCCUGGCUGCGAGCCCCGCCCCCGUCUCCAACCUCCAGGGACCCUACCUUGCUUCCGGGGACCAGCCGCUGGAGCGGGCCACCGGGGAGCAUGCCAGCGUGCGCGAGUACCCAGGGGAACCGGGCCAGCCCCCCGGCCGCCACCCCCCAGGCAGGGCGGGCACCGUCCGAGCGUUGUCCCGCCAAGACACCUUUGAUGCUGAGACCCCUGGCAGCCGAAACUCGGCCUACACGGAGCCAGGAGACUCCUGUGUGGACAUGGAGACAGACCCCUCGGAGGGCCCGGGGCCCGGGGACCCCGUGGGGGGCGGCACCCCACCUGUGCACCAGGGCUCCUGGGAGGAGGAGGAGGAGGACUAUGCGGAGGACCUGCCUGACAACCGGGGCCGAGCUGGGAGCAAGGCCCGCUACUGCGCCGAGGGUGGGGGCCCAGUCCUGGGACGCAACAAGAACGAGCUGGAAAGCUGGGGCCGGGGUGUCUACAUCCGCUGAGUGGAGGCACACGGAAAGGAGGGAGGGAUGGAUGGGGUACUUACUCCCGGUGGGCUUCGCCUCCAGGGGCUGCAGUCGAUCGCCCACUUUCAGAUGCCUUUCUUCGGUGUUGGAGUUUUUAGGGAUACUUGCCUGGCUCCUGGGCGGCUCUUAAGCCGCAGCCGUGGAGUUUCCUUACCUGCUGAGGAUGAAUGGGGAUACCCUCCUUUUCGAAGUGUCCCCCAUUUCCCUACUCCCCCCUCAACCCCCACCCAGAGAAAAGGUGCACUUCUCUUUCUACUCUGGGCUGUUAGGUGAAGGUCCCAGCCAGUUGGGGUGGCCCUGCCUUCCCAACCGGGGUCAGACACCUUUCCUGGAGAGAGCGGCCACAGACUCAUCCUCAGACCCAGACCUGCCCCUCCCGCUUCCUGGGCAGCAUUGCUCUGUGCGUGAAACCUGUAGCUUGGGAAGGGGGGAGGGGCUGGGAAGCAUCCUGGGUGGUGCCCGCCUAGGAUGCGGGGUGUGCCCUCCCUGGUGGGCGCGGUACCCAGGCCUGGCAGCUGAGUAGAGCGGCCAGAAAUGCUGUCCCCCUCCCCACCUUUGCCUCAGCCUCGCCCACCCAGGAAUGAGCUUUGCCUCCAACCUCCCGCCUGCUGCCAUCUGACCAGGGGGGCCCUCUGCAUCUGAGCCCCCCCAUCUCCAUGCCACAUGGGUGUGGAGACCUCAUUCUAAACCAAAAAACCAGUCCUUCAUCUUCACCCCGAGGCCCCAGGGAUGGUUUGGUGCCCAAGAGGUGACCCCACCGGGGGUUGUCCAGGGACCUUGCAUCUCCCUGGGGAGCUUGGCUGCUGCUGCUUCUCUGUGUUUGCCUCUUGUACUCCUGUCUGCUCCUGUGCCCACUUCCCCCAGGAGAGGCCUUGGCAGCCCCGGGCCCCUAGGGUGCCAUUGGCCUUAGUGUCUCCAGAGGCCAGCAGCCCUGCCCCUCCCCAGCACCCCAGCUGGGCCAGAGAGAGCCGAUUGUGCCAACGAGGACUGGGCCCUGCCCGGCUGCCCACCUCAGGGAUAGGUGCCUCACGCCUGUCCCGCCACCUCCUGUGCCAAUGUUGCCCCACCCCUUUGGGGCGGGGUGCACCUUCCACUUCCUGUUUAGAAGACCCACCACCACCCAGUCCCCGCCUGGCCCCAUGUGGUGUCCUGUGAUCCCUCUGUCUUUUUGUCUGUACUCCACCAGAAGUAUUUUGCCACAUAUAAAACCGCCAUCCUGUCCUUCGCGGCCA